AUGGACUUUAUGAAACCUGAAACAUGCUUGGAUCUUGUCAAUAUCCGUCACGCUUUGAUCCGUAUGGAAGACACUAUUGUUUUUGGACUUAUUGAAAGAUCCCAGUUCUUCUCAUCACCUUCGGUUUAUGAGCCAAACAAAUUCCACAUUCCUGAAUUCGACGGGUCUUUCUUAGAUUGGGGUUUACAGCAGAUGGAGAAAACACACUCUCAGAUAAGAAGAUACGAGGCGCCGGACGAAUUACCCUUUUUCCCAUCUGUAUUGUUACCUUCGUUGUUACCACCAGUCCACUAUCCCAAGGUGUUGGCGUCAUACACUGACGAAAUUAAUGUUAACCAGGAAAUUUUAGAAUUUUACGUCAAGGAGAUUGUUCCUCAAGUUUCAUGUAAAGCUGGAGAUCAAUUAGAAAAUUUGGGUUCCGUACAAGUCUGUGAUAUUGAUUGCUUGCAGGCUAUUUCCAGAAGAAUCCAUUUUGGUAAAUUCGUAGCAGAAGCCAAGUAUCAAGCUGACAAAGAGUUGUACAAUAAGUUGAUUAUUGACAAAGAUAUUCCUAAAAUCGAAGCUUCGAUUACCAAUGCUGCUGUGGAGGAAACUAUUUUGGUAAGAUUAAUAGAAAAGGGGAAGAGUUACGGUGUUGACCCAUCAAUGAAGUACUCCCAAAACCCACAAUCCAAGGUUGAACCUGAAAUAAUUGCAAAGUUAUACAAGGACUAUAUUAUCCCAUUGACAAAGAAGGUGGAAGUAGAUUAUUUGUUAAGAAGAUUAGAAGAUGUGUAA